UGCUCUCAGAGCUCUGCAUCGCUGCGCGCAACAGCUCAAUGAAAUUUCCUGUGUGCCACUCCGGCCGCCGCUACUCGCGGGGCUGCUCAGGGCGUGCGGGCGGCUCCGCGGAGACCGGCUCCCCUCGGCCACCCCUGCCGCCAUGGAGGUGACAUCCCCCCGGCCUGGGCUGCUGCUGGCUGCGCUCCUCCUGCUCGCUUCCCACGGAGGGCCAGCAGCUUUCCUCAUCACCACCCCCUACUCCCUCUACAUCUGCCCUGAGGGCCAGAACGUCACCCUGACCUGCCGGGUGAGCGGUCCCCUCGCCGACCGCCACGACCUGCUCUACAAGACCUGGUACUACAGCAGCGACGGAGACCAGAGCUGCUCCCAGAAGCACCACAUCCGCAACGUCACCGAGAAGGAGCUGCACCACGACCUGGGCAGGCACCAUGAGCUGCUGCUGGCCAACACCACCCAAACCUCCCAGCUCCCGGCAGGGCAAGCCGGCCGCCACGGGGUGGAGUUUGUUCCUGACCGCCACGGUGCCUUUCACAUCCUGGUGAGGAACCUGACCCUGCAGGACAGUGGGAAUUACUGCUGCUACGCUGUGGAGGCCAGGAGGGAGCAUGGCAAGCCCCACACUCUGCAGGUUGCUCAUGGCUUCGUGGAGCUGCAGAUCCAGCAAGGCAGAGGAGGGCUUCAAAACUGCACGUUUCACACUCCAAGCAGCAAAGAUAUCACGGCGGCUGCUCUGGCCACGGGCGCCUGCAUCGUGGGCAUCCUCUGCCUGCCCCUCAUCCUGCUGCUGAUCUACAAGCAGAGGCAAGCUGUCAGCAACAGACGUGCCCAUGAGCUUGUCAGGAUGGAGAGCAGUGCCCAGGGCAUCGAAAACCCUGUGUUUGAGGCAGUGCCUUCGGCGAGCGCGGAGCUGCGGCCCCGGCCCCAGCUGUCCUACAUGGCCAGCAGGCAGCCCUCCGAGUCCGGCCGCCACCUGCUCUCCGAGCCCAGCACCCCCCUGUCUCCCCCUGGCCCUGGGGACUGCUUCUUCCCAACACUGGAUCCUGUUCCUGACUCACCAAAUUCCUUCAAAGCUUAAAAACCCUGGAAGAAGCCACAUCCCCCAUAUGCAGCAAGGAGAAGCCAGGUAGCCAUGGGACCAUGCUCAACCAGCUGAGACCCCCCAGGAGGUCAGCAGGGCCAUGGAACAAAGCCUUAAAAAACUAAGCAGAGUGCUGGAGUCCCACCCUCGC